GUAGAUCAACUUCCGGUGUCACGGGGUGCCUGGGAGACGAAACGCAAAAAGCGGGCAUACCGAACAUAUCCCGUAUUUUCUCCUUGGAUACAUUUAAUUGCAAAACAUAUAUAUUGGGACGAUUUCAAACACCGUUACAACAUCAACAGGACAGACGGCAUAACAUUGGAUGUGCAAUUGUACCAGCAUAUCCGUAUUCACUCGAUUUGCUAACUAAUUAGCAUUAGCUCGCUACCACGACUCCUUCAAGAACAGGCCCCAGCCUGGACUUUGCUUUAGCUAUCUAACUAGCUAGCACAAGAUAACGCGUUCUUAGUGUAAACUAGAACCACAUCUUUAUAACUCACUUGGAGCUGUUCAUGUUGAUGUGUGGUUCAUUUUGAUAUUUCUAAACCGUUGCAUUGGUGUUGUGUAGCUAGUUAGCAUUUACUAAGUGUUGUGCACUUUUUUCGCAAGCUAGCGACCGCGCCGCAUUCCCGUCCAUUUUACAGUCACAACUAACUAGCUAGCUAGGGCUAGCAAAUAAGAAACGGCGAUGUCGGAUUUCGACGAAUUCGAGAGACAACUGUCUGAAAACAAACAAGCUCAGUUGGUAGAGCAUGGCGCUUGCAACGCCAGGAUAGUGCGCUCGAUUCCCGGGAACACCCCGGAGAAGGACAAGGAGAACCGCCACCACCGUCGCUCCCCCUCUCGCAGCCGCAGCAGAGAGAGGAAGAGGAGGAGCAGAGACAAGGACAGACGCAGCAGGGAUCGCCGUGGAGACAGCAAGGAGCGCAGACCGAGACGCAGCUCACCAUCCCAACAACAACCCCAAGAGAUUGCUGUAAGUCGUUCCCCGCACCGUGAAACGAAGAAGAAGAACAAAGUGAAGAAGUACUGGGACGUCCCUCCUCCUGGCUUUGAACACAUCAGUGUGAUGCAGUACAAAGCCAUGCAGGCUGCGGGUCAGAUCCCAGCCACGGCCCUGCUGCCCACCAUGACCCCAGACGGCCUGGCCGUGACCCCCACUCCUGUCCCUGUGGUGGGAAGCCAGAUGACCAGACAGGCCCGUCGGCUCUACGUGGGGAACAUCCCCUUCGGCAUCACAGAGGAGUCCAUGAUGGAUUUCUUCAACGCUCAGAUGCGUCUGGGCGGUCUCACUCAGGCUCCAGGGAACCCCGUCCUCGCUGUUCAGAUCAACCAGGACAAGAACUUUGCCUUCCUCGAGUUCCGCUCAGUGGAUGAGACAACCCAGGCCAUGGCGUUCGACGGCAUCAUCUUCCAGGGACAGAGUCUGAAGAUCCGCCGUCCCCAUGACUACCAGCCCCUGCCCGGCAUGAGCGAGAACCCCAGCGUCUACGUGCCUGGCGUGGUGUCCACAGUGGUGCCUGACUCAGCCCACAAGCUGUUCAUCGGGGGCCUGCCCAACUACCUGAAUGAUGACCAGGUGAAGGAGCUCCUGACAUCGUUUGGGCCUCUCAAGGCCUUUAACUUGGUCAAGGAUAGUGCCACAGGUUUGUCUAAGGGUUAUGCGUUCUGUGAGUAUGUAGACGUCAACCUGAACGACCAGAUCACCAUGGAGAAUCAG